AUGUCAAAUUUUGGAUAUCCACCACAAAUACCCAAUUCUAGUUCUCCACCAAAUUUUCAAAAUCCACCAAUUUUUUCAUACCCAUUUCCAAUGUUUCCAAACUCAAAUUAUUACAAUCCGGCUAUAGCAAAUCAAUACUAUAAUCCGGGCAUGAGAGUUGAUAUUUCAACACCACCGAGUGAAGAAAUAAAAGAUUUUGAUGGCGCCUCCAGUACCAAUCAAGAAACACCAAAAAAUUCUUCUUCCGAUGCACAAUUUCCGCCAUAUUCUACCCAACAAGGGCUUGAAAAUAUUGAUCUCACGAAUGAUUCGGUUGAACAAGAAAAGCGUGUUCCGUGGAACAUCGAGGAUGACCGACUUCUUGCUUGGCUUACAAUUUCAACAAAUAGCAUUACCGGAAAUGCCCAAAAUAACAAGCAAUUUUGGAAAAGGAUCACCGAGUACUUCAACAACAAUCGAAAAUCAAGGCCAUCAAGAGCAUGUAAUUCGGUUAAGCAACAUCGGUAUUGGAUGAUUCCGAUGGUGAAUGAAUUCAACCAACAUUACAACAAAUUAGCGGCGGAACAUCAUAGCGGAUGGAGCGAUGAUCAACUAAAGCAACGUGCCCGCGAGCUUUAUUUUCAAAUUCGUAAAAAACAUUUUAUUCUUGAACAUGUGUGGGUUAUGUUGAAAGAUGAUCCAAAAUGGAAAGCAAAUUGCCCUCCUCAACAUGCUUCCAAGAAGACAAGACUUGAUGAAUUCGGCGCAUACACAUCUUCAUCAAAUCCGGAUAUAAAUAUCGACAUCGAUGAUAGUGAGGUUGAAAUUCGUCCGAUUGGUCAAAAGGCGGCAAAGGCGGCAAAGUUAGCAAGGAUUCAUGAACAUCGUAUACUAACCAUGAAUACGAGUAAUAUGAAUCUGGAGCAACUUGAAAAUCAUUAUAUGAUUGUGGAUGCUAUUAAAGCUAAAUAUAAAACAUGA